GUUACAUUCUAUCACGCGGGCUGCUGGCAAUAGGCCUUACUUGUGAGUAGCUUCUUUCGUUCGCGCUGCUCUUGCACAUUCGCUAAGGGAAAAUGGCGGCCGCAGCUGUUGCAGGAGUUGCCGGAUUGACCAGCGGCGCAGGCCGCAAGCGGCUUUUACGGGAGGAGGAUAUGACCAAGGUGGAGUUCGAGACCAGCGAGGAGGUGGAUGUAACGCCAACGUUUGAUACGAUGGGCCUGAGGGAAGACCUUCUGAGAGGCAUCUAUGCUUAUGGAUUUGAGAAACCAUCGGCUAUACAACAGAGGGCAAUCAAGCAGAUUAUCAAAGGAAGGGAUGUGAUCGCACAAUCACAGUCUGGUACAGGCAAAACAGCAACUUUUUGUGUUUCUGUGCUACAGUGUUUGGAUAUUCAGGUCCGUGAAACCCAAGCCUUGAUUUUAGCACCCACCAGAGAGUUAGCAGGGCAAAUUCAGAAGGUGUUGCUUGCUUUGGGGGACUACAUGAAUGUGCAGUGUCAUGCGUGUAUUGGAGGCACAAAUGUUGGAGAGGAUAUCCGAAAAUUGGAUUAUGGGCAGCACGUUGUUGCUGGAACACCAGGGCGUGUUUUUGAUAUGAUUCGACGCAGAAGUUUAAGAACUCGGGCCAUUAAAAUGUUAGUGCUGGAUGAAGCUGAUGAAAUGUUGAAUAAGGGUUUCAAGGAGCAGAUUUAUGAUGUAUACAGGUAUCUGCCUCCAGCAACACAAGUUUGUUUAAUCAGUGCUACCCUGCCACAUGAAAUCCUGGAAAUGACCAAUAAGUUUAUGACUGAUCCCAUCCGUAUCCUUGUGAAACGUGAUGAGUUGACACUGGAAGGCAUCAAGCAGUUUUUUGUGGCAGUGGAGAGAGAAGAGUGGAAGUUUGAUACUUUGUGUGAUUUAUAUGAUACUUUGACUAUUACACAAGCUGUAAUCUUCUGCAACACCAAGAGAAAGGUAGAUUGGUUGACUGAGAAAAUGAGAGAAGCAAAUUUCACCGUUUCGUCAAUGCAUGGUGAUAUGCCCCAAAAGGAGAGAGAGUCAAUCAUGAAAGAAUUCCGAUCUGGUGCAAGCCGAGUCCUCAUAUCAACGGACGUCUGGGCCCGAGGAUUGGAUGUGCCACAGGUCUCCUUGAUUAUCAACUAUGAUCUUCCCAAUAACAGAGAAUUGUACAUUCACAGAAUUGGCCGAUCAGGAAGAUAUGGAAGAAAGGGUGUUGCCAUUAACUUUGUCAAGAAUGAUGACAUCCGUAUCUUAAGAGAUAUUGAGCAGUACUAUUCGACCCAGAUUGAUGAAAUGCCAAUGAACGUUGCUGAUCUCAUUUGAAAAUCCGAACUAUAUAAAACCUUGGAAAAAGGAGCCACAAGGAGCGGAUUUCUCAACAUCACAGAUUUCUUUUCAUUACUGCUGAAGGUUUUAUUUUGUGGAUUUCUGUCUUUAUUUAACUGUUUAUGAAACUCUGCACCCAAUCCCUUGUAAACCCUGUAAAUAGUGCAAUUGGUAUCUUUUCAAUAAAAAAAAUCCAUAAAA